CCAGAUUAAAUCCUCGGAGCAAGAGCUGACAGGUUCACAGGCACAAUCUCUCUUUCAGCUUGUUCUCCUGAUACUGUGCAAGAAACCCAACCAGUCAUUGACCUGAUAUGCUGAUGAACGAGAAUGUAAGCAGUGAUUGAGCGGGGUCAGACACUAAGCGACUGACUAACAAGCUUGUCAUUCUUUGAAUUCUACAAACAACUCAACAUGCCAGCGUUUUUUUUUCUUUUUAUUUCUCCUCCUCACCAAACUGUCAGACUCGAGAGAAGACAAACACUUUUAUUCAUUCUGUUAUUAAUCUUUAAAAAAGUUAAAGUUAUAAAUCACAGUGGACUUUUAUUUUGAAGGGCUUGCACAUAAGCGAGCAUGUGUUGUCCUGGAGGCCUUUUUAUUUGAGUCAUGUUUGGUAUAAACUAAUUACUGCUGAGAAUGGCAUGAUUCAGUCUCUUGAUUAGAAUGGCCUGACUAGAAAAAGAAAUGCCGUCAGCUCUGCGAACACACUGAAACGGCUUUUGUGCUUUCAUCAGUACAAAUUUGCCCUUUUUGUCAGACGAGAUGACAGUUUUUUUUUGUUUUUUUCUGCGUUGUGAUGUGUGUCCCCAGUGGAAAUCGGGGGCAGAGAUAAGGUCAGCCUGCUGGAUGGGGGAGAAGAGGGCAGGUUAAGCGUUUUCCGCUGAUGUGAGCGAGGAUGAAGCGUAUAAAUGUAGAGCUGUGAUGUUCACUUUGGUUCUUGGUACCUGCUCUAAGACAACACACAACCUCCUAACACAACAGGUGAGACUAGAAACCAUUGUUCUUCUUCUUUACUAACUUUUCAAGAAGGAUUUUCAUGUUUUUUUUAAGUCUUUUCUCGCUCUUUUUAAACUCCAGGCCAUCAUGGAAGCUGCCAUCUGCACCCUUGUCGCCCAAUUUAAGUCGUACGCUGGGAAAGAUGGUGCCUCCAGCACCCUGAGCAAAGAAGAGUUUCAAAACCUGGUGAUCGCUCAGCUGCCCAACUAUGUCAAGGUAAACCUUAGGACUUCCUCUCAGUCUUUUUAUCUGUAAUUCAUCAAUAUAACAACCUCAGCAACCACAGAAAGAGAGAAGUGAUUUAUGAUGCAACCAUAAACCAUAAAUCACACAUAUUACUGUUGAUUUUUUAAAUGUAUUUACUUCAAACUCAUCAAAAUCUCCUUUUACUGCUUUAAUUUAACAGAUUACUUAGAUUACACAAACUGUCUUAGACAUUACAUUCAGUAUUUAAUCAUAAUCUUUGAUGUUGUGUUGUAGUCUUGUCACAAAUUGAUGCUGUGUGCCUGCAAAAUAAGUCAUGAUAAGCUCUUACACCGCAGAAUUAAAGCUUAUUUUCUUUGCUAACUCGUCAAAUAUUGUUUCCUCUGAAGAAAAUUUAUGAUGAUAUCCUAAAUAAGCAUUAAUCAAAAUAUAUUUAAUGUCUUCUAGCAGCUGAAUUUGCUGGAUAAAAAUGUAUCCUGUGGGAUUUUCAGUCGAAAUUUAAGCCAAAGCUGUUUCUAAGACAAUGAAUUACUAGAAAAUAUUCAACAUUUUUAUUGAUUUAUCUUUAAUGACUUGAUUUCUCAUCACUUAGCUCAAAGUCUUUAAGUGUGAUGAGGGAUUUGCUCUUCUUUUAAGUGUGAAUGAUCAUGUCUGACAGAAAUCAGAUGCUGUUUGUUUGUUUGUGUAUCAAUAUGACGGAUAUAUGAAGAAACAGUUUGAAGGACAAGGUUUGAGUCCUGUUUUUAACAUUUUUCCAGCGUUAAAAAUAUCAUCAAACACAAAAUAGACACGAAGAAUUUUAUAUGGCUGUUAAUAAAUUGACUGUUUAGUUAUAUUUGUUCCUGCAGUUAACCAUUAGAUGGCAGGACAGUCUUACAGAGUGUGUGUUGUUGCAGCUCAGAGUGAUUUAGCAAUGAUCAGUCUCCCCUCUCUGUCUUUCUCUCUCUCUGUUAAUUUCUGUGAUUGCCUGCAGAACGCAAGCGACCCCAAGGCCAUCGAGGAGCUCAUGGGCUCGCUGGAUGAGAACAACGACGGCGAGCUGACAUUCUCCGAGUUCUGGCAGCUGAUUGGAAAUCUGGCGAGCAAACAAGGGGGCUUCACUCAGUAGAAAAAAAUGUCUUUGAGCUUGAUUGUGCAACACCGACCAAUCCACUCGGUUUCAUCCUUCCAGCAUUGUUUUAUCACUCCAUCAGCGCUACAUGUGUGACUCUUGGGUUAACCAUUUCCUGAAUGCAGAGAACUUUGAAUUAAAGGCGUCUUUGUCUUGAAACCAAAGCCACCAACACUGAGCUGUCUCCUGUCAUUCAUUCACAGCAUUAUAUGAUAUCCAGGCCGCACCACCUUGAUUUCGGGGGCUGUAAUCCUAUAUGUGUCACUGCUGCUUCAACUAAGAC